UUGGACCACAAUGAUGUGUCUGUUAGGCUUCCCCAGUGAGUGUCGCGACUGUUAUGUUAGACUGUGGUGUUACCAACAACGUGUUUGAGUUUAAAAUCGUUGGACACAAACAAGGUGGUUAGGAUCUAUGGAGAUGCCGGGAUCCCAACACAAUUAGCGUAAAGGCUGCUAGUUACGGACUACGCCAUUUGUUCGAGAACAAAACAUUGUGUGUCGCUCAUCGAAAUAAUACGUAAAUUCGGGAGAAGAAUGGUCAGUUGUUCCGCCUACGGAUGUGCAAACAGAAGUGGAAAAUCAGCUGUUAGUUUCCACAGGGAAAUGCUGUAUCUAAACUAAUACUUGUGCAUUAAAUUUGGAUUGUGUGACUCAAAGCUGUUACUGCCUUCAAGCUUUCUAUGUUACGAUGCAUAGUUUUCCCAAGGACGCCGCAAGGAGAAGCUUGUGGAUCAAGGCACUGCGACUAAAAGAUUGGGAACCAACACAAUAUAGUGCAGUAUGUUCAAUGCAUUUUCGAGAAGCUGACAUUGAUCGAACGUCGUUAUCAACCAUUCGCCUCAGAGACAGCGCCGUGCCUUCCAUUUUUUUCAUCGUUGCCCCCGUACUUGGAGAAUAUAGAUCAAUCGACAGCCAGCACUUCCAGCAGUACACUGAAUGUGGUGCAACUUGCCGCAGCCAACGUGGAUUUUCAGUUGCCCAAAAUGCAUGUUAUGCAAAUAAACAUUUCCGUGGUUCCAAGAAGACAUCAUCCAUUCAGGAGAAUGAUAACCGACCUCCUCUCAGCUCAUCUGGACACAGCCAUCACGUCGGUAUCCCACCGGCAAAUGGUCAGAGGAAGCUGGAAUGUCAAAAUUUGUCUCCGUCUGUAGUAGACUUCAAGACUGAUUUUGGGGACAAGUUGGAUUGCAAUCCAGAAGAAUUUCUCAGAGAUGCACCGCCUCUCAAGCCACUCAUUGCGAGGGCCAUCGUGCAGUCUCCGUACAGGUGGGUCUCGUUUGUUUAG